AUGAACUUCUCGCAUGGCUCGUAUGAGUACCAUCAAUCGGUCAUCGAUAACACUCGCAAGAGUUUCGAAUUAUAUCCCGGUCGCCCUGUGGCCAUCGCGCUGGACAACAAAGGCCCCGAGAUCCGCACGGGUAACAUGCGGGACAAUGUCGAGCUGCCCAUCAGUGCCGGCCAUGAAAUGAUCUUUAGCGUCAACCCGGAAUACAAGGACAUUUGUGACGACAAGGUCAUGUAUCUGGACUACAAGAACCUGCCCAACGUCAUCAAGCCCGGCAAGAUGAUCUAUGUUGACGACGGCGUCCUUUCCUUUGAUGUUCUCAGCAUCGAUGGCGACGACAUUCGCGUCCGUGCCCGCAACAACGGCCGUCUCUGUGCCCACAAGGGCGUCAACUUGCCCGGCACCGACGUCGACCUGCCUGCCCUCUCCGAAAAGGACAAGGCCGACCUGCGCUUUGGCGUCAAGAACAAGGUCGACAUGGUCUUUGCCUCCUUUGUCCGCCGUGGUCAGGACGUCAAAGAUAUCCGUGAGGUCCUUGGCGACGAUGGCAAGCAUAUCAAGAUCAUUUCCAAGAUCGAGAACCAUCAAGGUGUCACCAACUUUGACGAUAUUCUGGCAGAAACGGACGGUGUCAUGGUUGCACGUGGCGACAUGGGCAUCGAAAUCCCCUUGGAGCGCGUUUUUAUUGCCCAGAAGAUGAUGAUCACCAAGUGCAACCUUGCUGGCAAGCCUGUUAUCUGUGCCACUCAAAUGUUGGAGUCCAUGACCUACAACCCUCGUCCUACCCGUGCCGAAGUGUCCGAUGUCGCCAAUGCCGUCUUGGAUGGUGCCGACUGUGUCAUGUUGUCUGGUGAGACCGCCAAGGGCAACUACCCGGUCGAAGCCGUCACUACCAUGCACGACAUUUGCAAACUGGCCGAAUCGGUUCUGUGCUAUCCCGCCACCUUUAACGAAUUGCGCUCGCUCACUGCCCUGCCCACCGAGACCACCGAGACCGUUGCGUGUGCUGCUGUCAGCGCUGCCCACGAGCAGAGCGCCGGUGCCAUCAUUGUCUUGACCACCUCGGGUAACAGUGCCCGCUUCCUGUCCAAAUACAGACCCCAGUGCCCCAUCAUCGUCGUCACCCGUAACCCUCAGGUCGCUCGUCAGGUCCACUUGUACCGUGGCUGCUUCCCCUAUCUCUAUCCCAAGCCCAGCUCGCACCCUACCGCUUCCUUGUUGUCGCCCAGCGCUGCUCACUUGGCAAGCCCAGCUGAUGUUGCUCCCUGGCAGGAGGAUGUGGAUGCUAGAUUGAUGUGGGGUAUGGAGCAGGCCAUCAAAUACGGCUUGUUGAAGCACGGUCAACCCGUUGUUGCUGUGCAAGGUUGGAAGGGUGGCCUUGGCAACACAAACACCCUCCGUGUCCUGUUUACCCCUUAA